GCCACCGAGUCGUUCGAGUAAAAUCUGAAACGAUGUAGAGUUGGCGGCGUAGUAUGCUCAUGUGGAGGCCAGUCGACGACAUCGUGAAGCUGGACAACUGCAUAGAGUUGAAGCAAGUAGCUAGGAAGCCGCAACAUCCCGUCCGAUCGAACCUGCGAGCGUCUGUCUGUCUGCCUGCCUGCCUGCCUGCCUACCUACCUACCUUCCUUUCUUUCUUUCCGGAUGCCGGUGAUAGCGCACGCCAGCGCUAACAGUCGUCAUCAGUAGCGGCAGCUGGUGUCUGUCUAAAUGUCGUUGCGUGUGUGGGUGUGAGUCGCUGCGCGCCGAGUGGCGAGUGAAGGAAGUGCUUGUCUUGUCGAACACGAUGUAUUCCAUGAUGUUGGACACGAUGAGACGUACUACUAGCCCGCAAUAGUGGUAGUAGUCAUCAUCAGUCGUUGUGAUAGUUCGGCUGCCGCUGCUGCUGCUGCUCCUGCUUCUGCUGUUGUUACCGUAAGCACUAUUGUCGAAUCAGCAAAGCGAGUUACGGAAUUCAGUGCCUUCGUGGCCUGCCUGUCCGUCUAAUCACCGAUUGCGGAACGAACACAUCUAGAGUAGAACCACAGCCACUCUAUUACAAGUGCUAGCUCCACUGCUACAAGUGCUAUGUAAAUACUAGUGAGAAUACAAAGUAGCGAAAGAAGACGUCCUUACCGUAGUCGAUUCUGUAGUUGGAGACAACUCGGGAAAAACGACAAAUCCCGAUCCGAUCACACCAAUAUCUACAGCGGCAAUGAAACAUUGCAGCGAAUCCCCACGAACGCGGUACGCUUGAGACGAACACGAAACAGGAAAAAGCCUAUGCUGAUUGCUACUGCUACUGCUGUUGUUGUUAUUGUUGUUGUUGCUGCUGUUGUUAUUGUUGUUGUUGUUGUUGUUGUUGUUCUUGUUGUUCUUAGUGGUGUUUAUCGCAAUGGUGUCUAUGGCUCGAGCGAUUGCAGGAUUGUGUAACUAAGUUGGCCAGCGAAACCCAAAAGUCAGGAAAGUAGGCAAUCUAUCAGUGAGGUGCUGUUAGAUAUGGCCUUGGAAAGGUGCUUGGCUGUGUGUCAAAAGAGGUGACUAUUCAGCAAAAGGAAACCUUCAGCAUACGUGAUGAUGGUGAAAGCGCUGUAUUCCGGAUAAGUAGACUAAAGAUGCUCUGACGAAUGUAACGGAAAUCGAAGUCUCAGAGGCAGCGACUUAAUAAACAAAUCGAUUAACAAGUGCAGUGAGAUUAAUGGAUGUUUAGCGUAGGGGCACUGAUGUAAUUAUCAGAAUCUGGCAGUAUCCAGCUUAAAUCUCCGUCCAGUGUGAGCAGAUUAUUCAUCCUUUGUUCAGUUGUACAACCGAACCAUAAGUGUCCGAUGUUACGGAAUACUGACAUCGACGAAAGCCUGCGAAAUGUAUAGGAGACCUCAUUUUAAGGCUCGCUGGUAGCAAAUUAUAGUAAAACGUCAGCGCAGAGAUCACUGCAGAACAAGAAGGCACAUCUUACAUUGAAGCAUUAGCACGUAUCUGAAACACGUUUAUCUAUGGUUGGUUGACUAAGUGUAGGUGCAAUAAUACCUGAACCGAAAAUAACUGUUGACGUGGUUUUAUAAGAAGUCGACUGAGACGUAUUAUUUCGCCAGAGUCAUACUCAUUGAUCUGCAGCGUGGACGUGGCUCUGAUCUUGACGUGUCUAUUAAUACUUCUUGUAUUGAAGUGGCGUACUAACAAUUUGUGGAACUCGACAGUGGAUACUCAGCGAAAAGACCAGAAUGAAUGCUGGUUCUCCCAGAUACGGGGGAGGUUGCGAAGGUGGCUCCUCCGUUUAUCCGGUGGUUGGCACCCACCAUGCCACCAUGGGCCAUCACGCUGCUGGUAGUCCGAUGAGUGCACCGAUGUCUACUUCGGGAGGUUUCUAUCCCACGUGCGUAGCCCCCGUUGGACCGUGGACCCCCCCAGGAUCGGAUGGAACAACGUUUGCUCAAGCUCAUAAUCCGUCGUCGGCUCACGCCCUCUCGUACGAUCCUUAUACGGCGGCUACGUUCGCGGUCUACGCUCAACCUUACGGAGGAGCAAAUGGGUAUUCGCCUACAAUGGAUGCUGCGGCGCGUCGGAAAAAUGCGACCCGCGAAACGACAAACACGUUGAAAGCGUGGCUCUACGAGCAUAGGAAGAACCCGUAUCCAUCAAAGGGCGAGAAGAUUAUGCUUGCCAUUAUCACCAAGAUGACAUUAACUCAGGUGUCCACAUGGUUUGCGAACGCGCGACGACGCCUCAAAAAAGAAAACAAAAUGACGUGGGAGCCCCGAAAUAAACCCGCAGAGAGCAAUGCUGGGACUGGAAAUGGAGGAGGAGACUCGGAGGGAAAAACUCGAACUGACGACGAAAACGAUGUUGGCGGCGGCGGCGGCGGCGGCGGCGGCGACGGCGACGACGACGACGACGACGACGACGAUGAUGAUCUAAACGAUGACGAGCGAGAGCAUGACAAUGAAGCAGUGAAGAUUGGAGGAUCAGGGAGGGAAGUCGCCAGUGGAUCGGCAGCGCCUUCUGCUGGCAUGAGUGCCGUCGGACCAGCCGAUUUGAGAAUUUCCGUUGACACUACCCAUCAUGGUGGCGACCAUAGCCAUCGGAACGAGAGAACAAUGAUUAACCGGAUAAAAGAAGAUCACAAGGAUCAGCUGUCUUCGAAUGACCAUGAUUCGAUCCGGAGCGACUCUGGUGCUUAUUUGAGAUCGAGAAUAGGCUUGGAUAAUAAGCCAAUAGUUCCUCCGUCUACACUGUUUGAAUCUGAAUCGGCCAUAGGAGUUCCUUACAAUCGAUGCUUCGCGUCGCCUGGGCUUGGGAUCGCUGGAGCCCUUCCUGGCGUCCCUCAAGGUUCUACCGGCCCCAUUCCUGGUCCUUACAGUAGUAGUCCCGUACCAGCCGGACUUACCGCUGCAAUGUCAACCUUGUGUAAUAUCCCUAGUGGAGUGCCUAUGUCAAUUCCCUCGUCGGAGCAAACCAGUCUACCUAAACCGAAAAUCUGGUCCCUUGCACACACAGCAGCUCACCCUCAUCCAGAUCAGCUGGACUAUACGCCUGUUAGGUAUGGCUACGGAACGGACGGUGGCUAUUUUAGUCCACCGCCUGAAGCAUUUGUACCGCACGCGUCUCCGAAAUAUCUCUCUGCAACCACACAAGUGCCGCAGCGGUAUCACAGUCCUAAUUUGCAACAGGGCCAAUGGUCCCCACCAGCGGCAGGUCGUUGAUGUCCGCACGCAGUUUGGCAAAGUAAUACUAUAUUCGUAUUGUGAAACAAUUUUAACGACCAUUACAUUUUAUGAUACAGAACUGUGUUCUCUAGAUUCGGUGAGUAUCUCCGGUACCCCACGCAUUGUUCCUGUCCCUCGUAGAAGGAAAGCGGAUCUCUAAUGGCUAAGGCUUUCUAUUGCCCCCAGGACGUGGGUGUACAAAAUAGGAUUCUCUUACAGAUGAUCCCAACGGAAAUCUGACUACGCCACAGGUUGUACAGUGAUUGUACUAUUAUGGAUAGGUCUGAUAGUACGAUAGAAGUCGACACAUUUCCACAUUCGCUCAAUCCGUGCUACCAAAUCUGUUUUAAUAUGAUCCUAAUAACGUACCUAUCUUUAGCAUUAUUUGAAAUUGUGAACAGCUUAAAACAUGAAUGAGAAGGACCAAAGAGCAAGCAGACAGGUAGUCCUAGAUACAUUAUGGGAAACUGCUAUUGUCCGAGAAGAAAUAAUCGGUGGUGCAGAUAACAGAGCUGGCUCAAUUAAUAACGGUAUUCGCUUAAUACACGUCUACUAGAACGGUGUGUUCAUGGAAUAAAAACUGUAGCUUCGUUCAAUGAUGACUACCGAUAUUUUUAGCGUGCUCGCUGAUGAGCCAAGCUUAAGUCGAUUUGAUACACCGAAGGGAUUGUUUCAGCGGGAGGAGCCUCAAACGCACUGAGAUAUCCGAUAAACAAAGCGCAUAGGUAGAUAUUUGCGUACACAAUUGAUUAAGAUAGUACGCUCCAUAUUUAUAUGGUACAGUGACUAAGCGUGCUGGUGCCCGCUGACGAGACGCGAUCGCUGCUGCGUUACAAUGGCUACUAGUCAGCUUAUUUGGCCAAACGAUGUCCUUUAUGACUGGUUGCUGCUAGCGAAGUGCGAGCUCGUCGGACUGCCGCGCUGAAAGCCGACGGGCAAGCGAUUCAAGCUUAGAGAUAAACUAUGUACAUAACAAGCUUUCAACUGAACUUAUCAGAUUAUAUAUAUAUAUACGUAGGUUAACGUAAUCGA